UUUACCUGUCUGCCUAUGUCCACUUUCAUUUCCAAUAAAUGUUUGCAUUCAAAUUUUACAUGAGUCUAAAUGAAAAAUUAGGCACGAAGACUGGAACCCACGAUCCUUGGAUCUACAGUAAUUUGGAAUUGCACAAAAACUAGAACGUCACAUCGCAUACGGUUGUUAUUCAUUUUAUUUCUUCCUAGAAAAUGUUCAGUUCUCCGUCGCAUACUUAUUUUUAUUCGCGAGCCAAUUACGAGUGCCGCCCGCAAAUGGUAGUCGAGAUGUUAAAAUCCUUUACGGAUGCAAAGGUCCUUUUAUUUCACAGGAGUUCUCGCAAACGAAUCGGAAAUAAAACUUCAAAGUAUUCACCGGUUUGUUCGUUUUAUCUUUCGAGGAACGGUACGGCGGUUAGCGCGUUAUAAAAUCGCCAGCGACGAGACGGGAGUUUUGGUACAAGACGGAGGCAGAGAUAAAAGUUUGCGACGCUUCUCGAAGCAUACGCGGCAAGGUAACCAUAGCCAUCUCACCUGACGCCGAAGGCGAUUCCCAGCGCGACGAUCAGAGGCAGCAGCGUCGAGAUACACGCUAGGAAAACUGUUUGUAUGUCUGAGAAACCAGCGAGUAUACCUGCAACACAUCAAAACAUUAUUUUCAAGAUAUCGCUCGUCAUUCGUUGUUUAAACGUAUUUAAUACUUCAAUCGACAUGUCGACGAUAUUAUCAUUUUUAGCUUUUGGACGUUCUGCUUGGGUUUAAAAGAAUUCUAAUAGAAUUUUAAAAGAAUAUCUAUGAUAUAAUUAAUAAUAACUAAUCGAUUAAAAUUAUAAUUAAUCGAUGCACUAGAAUUCUUUUCAAAUCGUUUUCAUGACCAUUUCGAUCACGCCAAAAGAAAUAUACGAGCAGCGCUAAAAGAACCCAAAAUGCAACGAACAAACGUGGACUUUUCAUGGCGGCGCGCAUUGCGUGCAUUUUCACCUAAUUUCGACGAGGAGAGCUGCGAGGAUAUUCCAAGAUGACAUCUGUUUAAAAGCUUUCAUCCUUCAAAUUCUAGGUUACAACCACAAUUUCCAAGCCUUUCGAAACAAUCCCUGGCACGACUCGAUCUUCCUUCAACGAUGCAUCCACGCGAAACUAAGCCUUCAACGAUCUCGUUUCCAUUGACCCCAAAACGCUAUGAUAAGCCGCAAAUUUCGAACGUAAAAUGAACGAGUGUUUCGAGGAUUGGAGGGACGCGACAGAGGAGGAAUGGACGAACUGUCAUUUCCGGAAGCUGGUGCCGCUUUACAGAAAGUCACCGUGCCUGUGGAAGAAGGACUCGAGGCACUAUCUUGACAGCGACCGCAGGCACCGCGCGUACAGGCGUAUUUGCGACGCCAUGGGGUUGCCAGGGGUGACUCUGGUGGAGAUCGUGUUGAGGAUUCGGGGGAUGCGCAAACUAUACGUGUCAGAGCUGAAGAAGCUGCUGGAGGCCGAGUCGAGCGGCGACUGCUAUCAGAACACGUUUCCCUGGUUCUACGAUUUGCAUCGAUUCCUCUAUCCGUACCUGGACUACGACGAGGCAGUCGAGUUGCACAAUGGCGACCGCGAUAUCGCAGAGUUUAGAGAAACGAACGAUCCUCGUCGGAAUCCAUCCCAUUGCUGCUGCGUCGACUGUCCCUUGUCGAACUGGAACAUCGCCGACAGACCUGUCGAUCGUUUCUUGCCACCCAGACAAGCUUUCUGCGCCCAGGCUUCCACCAGUUCCCCUGUCGUUUCCUUGCCAGAGGUCAGGACUCGUCCUAGAACUUGUCCCCGGUCGUGCAGCAGUAUUACGCGCGAGGACGGGGCCACUUCCGGCAACGUUUGCCACGUGGACAGCGAUUCGAGUUCCUGCCACGGGAAUUUCGGAUUCGAUGGAUUCACCACGGACGCAUCGACGGGAACUCGACAGGAGCAGCAACACGAAUUUACUAUCUGCGGGUUACACGACGCAUCGUCUUAUAGUGACUCUAUUGAGACCGAUUCGGAUCACUAUGAAGCUUUCUCAACGAUUGUUGCGCGUUGCUUGAGGAAAUUGGGCAGACCCGUUGCAAAUAGAGCGCAAUCGGAAAUUCGGAAAAUCUUAGCGAACCUUGUGGCAGAAUCGCAUGUAACUAUGAGACUUACAAAAUUAUUUAAUUUUAUUAUACUACUCGAGUAUAAUAAAAGAUCAGAUCCUCGUACGGUCAAAGUACGAUCGAGUAGUAUUAUUUUUUAUCAUAUUGAUAACAUAUUUUGGAUGUACUAUUUUUCAGAUCAAGAAAUAAGGGACAAUUUAAAUCCUGAUGCUAUAUCGACAAAAUCGUUAAUAUUUAAUAUUGAAUUUGACCUGUCUGGCAACUAUCAGAUUUAAAUUUAACAUACUGUGAAUGAAUAAUUAAAGGAUCACUGUAUCGUAAAUUUACAAAUAUGUUAAUUUUGUAUAGAUAGAAU